AUGUCCCCCGCCAACGGAGCAGCAACUCAGCUCAAUGGGUCUGGUGCCAAGGUCCUUGACUACACCAAGGCCAAUGAGAUCCUCAAGGAGUAUGAGACCCGUGAUGGCCUCGACAUCCGGGACCUCAUGAACGCCAGAGUUCACGGCGGGCUGACUUACAAUGAUUUCCUCCUUCUCCCGGGCUACAUCGGUUUCCCCGCUUCACAAGUCACUCUCGACUCCCCAGUCACAAAGCGGAUCUCUCUUAAGACUCCCUUUGUGUCUUCACCCAUGGACACGGUCACCGAGCACGAAAUGGCUAUCCACAUGGCUCUGCAGGGAGGCCUCGGAGUCAUCCACCAUAACUGCUCUCCAGAUGCUCAGGCAGAUAUGGUCCGUAAGGUCAAGAGAUACGAGAACGGCUUCAUCCUGGACCCAGUCGUCAUUACUAGGGAGACCACUGUAGAGGAGGCAAAGGCUCUCAAGGAGAAGUGGGGUUUUGGAGGGUUCCCCGUCACUGAGUCUGGCAAGCUGGGCUCCAAGCUCCUCGGCAUCGUCACCAACCGUGACAUUCAGUUCGAGGAGGACCCCAACCAACCCGUCUCAACUGUCAUGGUCACGGAUCUCAUCACUGCUCCCGACGGCGUCACUCUAGCCGAAGCUAAUAAGAUCCUGGCCAAGUCCAAGAAGGGCAAGCUCCCUAUCGUAGACAAGCACGGAAACCUCGUCUCUAUGAUCUCCCGCUCCGACUUGAACAAGAACCUCCACUUCCCUCUCGCUUCCAAGCUGCCGCAUUCUAAGCAGCUUAUUUGCGCUGCCGCCAUCGGCACCCGCCCCGAAGACAAGAUCCGGCUACAAAAGCUUGUGGAGGCUGGAUUGGACAUUGUCAUCCUUGACAGCAGCCAAGGUAACAGUAUGUACCAGAUUGAGAUGAUUCAAUGGGUCAAGAAGGAGUUCCCUGAUCUCGACGUCAUUGGCGGAAACGUUGUGACAAGGGAGCAGGCUGCAUCUUUGAUCGCGGCUGGUGUUGACGGCCUCCGUAUUGGAAUGGGAAGCGGCAGUGCUUGCAUUACCCAGGAAGUUAUGGCUGUCGGUCGUCCACAGGCUACUGCAGUUCACAGCGUAAGCGCAUUCGCUGCCAAAUUUGGCGUGCCUUGCAUCGCAGAUGGCGGUAUCCAGAAUGUUGGUCACAUUGUAAAGGGUCUUGCACUUGGCGCCAGCACUGUGAUGAUGGGUGGUCUCCUGGCUGGAACCACCGAAUCUCCAGGAACUUCCUUCGUCUCCCGGGAGGGAAAGCUUGUCAAGGCCUACCGAGGAAUGGGCAGCAUUGAUGCUAUGCAGGACAAAAAGGCUGGAGGUGGCGGCAAGGACAGCCAGAAGAGCAAUGCUGGCACUGCCCGAUACUUCUCUGAGGGCGAUAGUGUGCUGGUUGCUCAGGGUGUGUCUGGUGCCGUGGCGCACAGAGGUUCUAUUGGCAAGUUCGUGCCCUACCUAGCUGCAGGUUUGAAACAUUCCAUGCAGGACGCCGGUAUCAAGAGCCUGAAAGAGCUUCACGAGAACGUGGAGAAUGGCUUUCUCAGGUUUGAGAUACGGACUGCAAGUGCUCAACUUGAGGGAGGUGUGAAUAUGGAAUCAUAUGAGAAGAAGCUCUAUGCGUAA